ACCACCGCGGCGGCGGCGGCCACUUCCUCUUCCUUUCCAUCUGUAACCAGGCCAGGCCCUAGUGGUCCCUCCGAAGAAAGACAAAAGGGAGGCACCCUCCAGGCCGCCGCAUUGACUGGCUCGGUGAUCCAACUUUCCUUUUUUUUCUUUCGUCGGUUAUAGGGAAACCAUUCUUUGUUGUUUGGCUAUUCUUAAAAGUUUAAAUGGGAUCAGAAGGACCUUUAUCUGUGACUGUCCAUGUUACUGGAUUCAAGAAGUUUAUUGGAGUUCCUGAGAACCCAACUGAGAAAAUAGUGAGCAAUCUUCAAUCUUAUAUGGAAAAGAAAGGCUUGCCAAAAAACCUUGUACUCGGCAGCUGCACAGUUCUCGAGGUUGCAGGGCAGGGUGCACUUGGCACACUAUAUGAGGUUUUAGAAUCUGCUAUUUCAAAUAAACAUGAAGGGUCGCAAAUAAUUUGGAUCCACUUUGGGGUCAAUGGUGGUUUACCAAGAUUUGCGCUUGAGAAUCAAGCUGUUAAUGACGCCACAUUUGCUUGUCCUGAUGAGCUAGGAUGGAAACCUCAGAGGGUCCCUAUUGUAGCAUCUGAUGGAAACAUCUCACGGGUUAGAAAGACUACCCUUCCAGUUAAUGAAUUAGUCAAGAUUCUUCGAAAGAUUGGCCAUGAUGUGAUGCGUUCAGAUGAUGCUGAUCGAUUUGUAUGCAACUAUGUGUACUAUCAUUCUCUCCGCUUCGCCGAGGAGCAUGGCAUCAAAUCUCUGUUUGUGCAUGUGCCCCUCUUCUCGACAAUUGAUGAGCCAGUUCAGAUGCAUUUUGUUGCUUCCCUUCUUGAAGCUGUUGCUAGCUUGAACUAGACAGCAACUUGUUUCCAGAUCAAUGGUUGUAUGAUGUAACCAGAGAUGUAAAGAUGGUGUGGUCUUUGGUGUCAUCGUUCUUCCUCUAAAGGGUGUGUUGAAGGAAAAAAUAAUAGGCUGCUUAUAUUUUGUAUUAUACCUGUUGUGAAAUGUGGUAUCAAAAGUUCGCAAACUGCCCCAAAUUCUAAAGUGGAAACUUGUUUCCAAAGGCUUGACGAAUGGGUUGGAAAUUGGAAUACAUGCACCAAGUACAAGAAGACAAUUGUGUACGAUGACAUUAUUGAACUUUAUUUUGCACCUUUUCUAGAGAAAAAAUCUGACUGUUUAUAGACAAAUAUAUACUCCAUUGAUUCAAAAUGCAUGUUUUGACCAAUUAUUUCUGAGAAAAUAUGAAAUUUCAAUGAAAGA